UGUGUCAAUGUCAUUUAUAUUUUGUAUCCAUUGAGGAUAAAAUCUGAUCGAUAUUACCAUUUGGUGUUUAUUUUAUAUAUGUUAGGAACUGUACCUGCAAAAUUUUGUCAUUUAAUUGGUCGGUUGCUACUUAAUAUUCAGAAUGACAGCUCCUAUGGAAAGGAUUCAAAUUCUUGAUGAUAUUGAAAAAGAUAUCAUAACAUGCCUACAAUGUGCUGCUCAAGCAUUGUUGGAGUUGAGUAAAGAAAAGUCUGGUCAAAAACAAGCAGAAACAAAUACUUCACAGUUUUUGAGGACAUUAAGUCAGGUGGAAAGUAAACUUAGCGAUCAGAUAAACUAUCUGACUCAAGUAUCUACUGGACAACCACAUGAGGGAUCAGGAUAUGCAUCUCAAAAAGUUUUGCAAAUGGCUUGGCACCGAUUAGAGCAUGUGCGCUCCUGGGUUAACGAGUUGGAUCGUUUGAAAGCUUCUCAUCUCACUGCAUCUCGAUCAGUAUCAGGAAAUGUUCAGAAUGGCAACAUGACAUCAUCGGGAACCAGCACUUGAUACUAACUUUGUCCACUCCAAGUUUUUACACUAGGAACAAGACUUUUUUCAUAUACUUACGCAUUUUACAUGCACAAUGUGUUUCAAAUAUAGUAAUGUGAAGUUCUAAUUAUAGUUAUAAGUUUAGCUGCUAUAGUUAUGUGAAAACAAAGAAUACUGCAAUAAAUGUUUUCUUUAAACCCAACAUGUAUUGUGUUAGCAACUGUUGUACUUUUAGAAUUUAAUUGCUCAUUCUUAGUAAUUAUACAUAUUACAAAAGUGAAAAUAAUUCUGACUGUCCAGCUUUGGCACCAAAACUACUAAAGCUAUCAUUUUAAUAAAUUACUGAUUAUUAAAAUGAUAUUUGAUGCACAGGUAGUCUACAGAAAGGGCAUAGGCUGCUUUAAGAUGUGCAGAGUUCAAGUUCAGUAAAAUGUAAUUCUUCUACAUAUAAUUUAAGCUCUAUUUAUGCAAUACAUGUGUACCAGUUAUUUAGGAAACUGGCAUAGCAUUGUUUACCAUUUUCAAAUAAUCUUGAUUGCAAAAUUAUAAAUGUAAAAUGAGUUGCAUUACAAUUUAUCACUACAGAAAAUCACUGCUGUAAUGUUUUUUUUUUUUUGAAUAAGUUGUUAUUUAUAGGUACAUAACAAAAUAGCAAUAGUAACAAACUAUACACAUAAAACUAUUGUAGCUUGCUAUACUAUUGAAAAGGUAUUUACUCCCAAUAAAAGAAACCCAUGGAUUUAA